AUGUCUUCAAGUUCUUCCGAUGAACUUAUCAUUCCCCCUCCGUUUCCCAAAUUAUCUACCGGUAGUACGUUUCAUUUUUUUCAAAACGCGAUCAACGAAAUAGAAGAAAUUGAAGACUCGGGAAGCUCUCAUGAAAGCCGAACCUAUAUCGAUCGUGAGAGAGAAGCCGCGCAUAGCAAACUCAUGCGUGACUACUUCGGGGAAAACCCGAAGUUUGGGGAGCGUUUUUUUCGCCAUCGCUACCGUAUGAGCCAACGUUUGUUUUUGAAGAUUGUUGCCGACAUUGAAGCUAGUUUCCCGUAUUUUCGAGAUGGAGUAGACGCGAGGGGAAGAAGGAGUUUCUCGCCGAUUCAAAAAUGCACGUCGGCAAUUAAACUACUUUCAACAGGUGAACCGGCGGAAAACUAUGAUGAUUAUCUAUGUAUGGCCGAAAGAACAAGCCGGGAAGGUCUCGAGUAUUUUUGUGACGCGGUUAUUCAUUUGUACAAGCGGGAGUAUUUGCGCAAGCUGACAUCCCACGACGUCGCCUUGCUGUACAAUGCGCAUGAGGCGCGACACCAUCUCCCCGGUAUGCUCGGUAGCCUUGAUUGUACGCAUGUUGUAUGGAGGAAUUGUCCUAGGGGCAUGAAAGGGCAAUACACGCGAGGGGAUCACAAAGUGCCAACUAUCAUGAUUGAAGCUGUUGCGUCACAAGAUUUGUGGAUUUGGCAUUCGUUUUUUGGUCCUCCCGGAUCAAACAACGACAUUAAUGUGUUGAAUCGGUCACCGUUGUAUGAUACUACUAGAAAUGGAAUAGCUCCGGACACGUCAUUCCUUUUACGCGGCCGCUUGUACAGACGUGGGUAUUUGCUUACUAAUGGGAUAUAUCCUAAGUGGUCUACGUUUGUAAAAGCGUAUCCGCAUCCAGUUGAUCCAAAGGAAGUGAAAUUCAAGCGAGUGCAGGAGGCGGCGAGGAAAGAUGUAGAACGGGCUUUUGGGGUGCUGAAGGGAAAAUGGAAGAUUUUGGAACGUCCAAUCCGGAUUAUGGAUAAGGAGAAGAUUGGGAAAGUCGUUGAUACAUGUUGUAUAUUGCAUAACAUGAUCAUAAAGGACGACGGGAGGACUAUCUCACCGGUUCACAAAAUGGAUCCACCGGUGCCUGUAGCUUACGAUCCUAGAGUUCUACGGGAGUUACAUGACGAAAACGUCCAUCAUCGUCUUCGGUAUGAUUUAACGGAGCAUGUAUCGACAGUGGAUUUGGCAUACCUCAAUGACCCAGAAGCUCAACCACCACCGAUCGAGGAUUUGAUUUAG